AUGUCUGCUCAAGAUUACUACGGCGGUGGUGGCGGCGGUGGCUACCCUCAGCAGCCCCAACCCUCUUACGGCCCUCCCCAAGGACAAUACGGUCCCCCUCAAGGUCAAUAUGGUCCUCCUCAGGGACAGUACGGUCCUCCACAAGGUCAAUACUACGCCCCCCCUCAAGGACAAGCCCCCAUGCAGUACCAGCAAGCGCCUCCUCCCCAACAGAGCGGUGGUAAGGGCGGCGGCGGUGGAUGCUUAACGGCUUGUUUGGCAGCAAUGUGCUGUUGUUGUGUUGCUGAAGAAGGAUGUGAAUGUUGGUAA